AUGGGUGUUCCCAAGUUUUACAGAUGGAUUAGCAAGAGGUAUCCUACUAUCAUUGAAGUUGUCAGACCUGAUCAGACUCCAGGAGAAGGUGAGCACAAAAUCAUGGACUACAUCAGGUAUCACCGCAGCCAGCCAGGCUACGAUCCUCAUACGCGCCACUGCCUCUACGGCAUCGAUGCUGACCUCAUCAUGCUGGGCCUCGCCUCACAUGAGCCUCACAUUGCCCUGCUCAGGGAGGAGAUGAAGUUACGAGGUCCUUUCCGAUUAGCCAAACGCCCAACAGCCACUGAAGAAACCACGUACCUGUGGCUGCAUCUGAGCCUCCUGCGAGAGUAUAUCAACCAUGACUUCGAAGACAUCAGUGACAAGUUAUCAUUCAAAUAUGAUUUGGAAAAAAUCAUCGAUGACUGGGUUUUCAUGUUGUUCCUGGUGGGAAAUGACUUCAUCCCUCGCUUGCGCUUGAUGCGGAUCGACGCAUUACCAACGCUCUUUGACGCUUACAAGACCGUCAUGCCAGAGCUGGACGGAUACCUCAAUGAAGCAGGCACCCUCAACCUGCCGAGGUUUCAGAAGUUCAUGGCUAAGCUGGCCGAGUUUGAUUACUUGAAUUUUCGCCUUUUGAAAUCAAUUAGGCUGUUCCUCACAAGCAAAGGAGAUGGUGCAUGUACCACAGACACACAGGGCACAGAACAGUCCCAAAAUGUCAACAGUAAAGAGGAAAACAAUGUCAAUGAGGAUGAUGAAAAGGAAAACAAAGUCAAUGAGGAUGAUGAAAAGAAGAACAAUGUCAAUGAGGAUGAUGAAGAGAAGAACAAUGUCAAUGAGGAUGAAGAAAAGAACAACAAUGUCAAUGAGGAUGAUGAAGAGGAAAACAAUGUCAAUGAGGAUGGUGAAAAAAACAACAAUGUCAAUGAGGAUGAUGAAAAGAAGAACAAUGUCAAUGAGGAUGAUGAAGAGGAAAACAAUGUCAAUGAGGAUGAUGGAAAGAAGAACAAUGUAAAUGAGGAUGAUGAAGAGAAGAACAAUGUCAAUGAGGAUGAUGAAAAAAAGAACAAUGUCAAUGAGGAUAAUGAAAAGAAGAACAAUGUCAAUGAGGAUGAUGAAAAGAAGAACAAUGUCAAUGAGGAUGAUGAAAAGAAGAACAAUGUCAAUGGCGACGAUAAAGAAGAAAACAAUGUCAAGGACGAUAAUGAAGAGGAGAACAAAUUCAACGAUGAAAAGGAAGACAAUUCCUAUGAUGGAGGUGAGCUUGAUGGACCUCUGUGCUGGGCAGCUCUUGAUGACGAUGAGGUCUUCAAACCGACUGAUGAGACUCAUCAGAAGCUAGAUGUUCUCGACGCUGGUCUCAUACUUGGCGUAGAAGAAAGCCGCGACCUCGCAGAAGAAUUUCGUGAGCAGAAGCGUAAAUAUUACAUCAAAAAUAUUGGCUACAAAGAGGAUGUAACAUUGGAUGUCAUAAGUCGGGAGCAGACCGACAGCUAUGUAAGAGGACUGCAAUGGAUCUUGCAUUACUACUAUAACGGUAUUCAGUCAUGGUCUUGGUAUUACCCCUUCCAUUGCGCACCUUACAUUUCCGACAUCAAAGAUUUCUCUGACUGCUCCAUGGAGUUCGACCUAAGCCACGCCAUGAUGCCGUUUGAUCAGCUGAUGGCGGUCCUGCCGCCCCAGAGCGCCCAGCUGCUGCCUCAGUGCUACGCUGACCUCAUGCUCAGCCCUGACUCGCUUAUCAUCGACUUCUAUCCGCGUGAACAUGACUGGGAAGCUGAGCCACGCAUUCCGCUCAUUGACGAGGAACGUCUGCUGGAGGCCAUGUCUAAAGUGAGCCAUCGUCUCACUGAAGACGAGCGACGACGCUCUGUUCAUGGUCCCAUGCAGGUCUACAGCUUCACGCCAGAUGACCUCGGUGCAUAUGAGAGUCCCGAGCAUUUCCCACCGGUUUGCAUGAACCAUGCCAAGUGCGACUUGAUUCACGGAGAGGCGUGGUGCAUCCCUAGGGAGGAUAUCCUGAGGGGCUUGUGUCCUGGAGCGCAGACUGAGCUUUACUUCCCAGGCUUCCCUACGCUCAAGUAUAUGGAGCACACGCAUCGUGUUGGGCUUGUGUACGCGCGAGCGUUCCAGGAGUCCGUCAUUAUUGAACUGAGGGAUCCCUUCUUCUGCCACUACCGUCCGUAUCAGUGGUUCAAAAAGAUUGCUCAGGAACUUCUGAACAAAAUCGUCUACGUUGACUGGCCACAUCUCAAAGAGGCUCUGGUGGUUGGCUUGAGCUGCGGCAGGUUCGCCAGUCCCGGUGCGUCAUCCAUGAUCGAAGUGUUCAGCAACUACGAGCUGGACGGAACACUACCAGAACAACAAGAAUUUCUUACAACUGUUAAAAGCCUUCGCUCUGAUCUUCUCUUCAAAUGGGGCAUCGAUGCCGGCCGCUCCAGCAUCCUGGUGCACUGCAAGCCCAUCGCUGGCAGACGUUACGUGCUGACCUCGUGCGGCGAGUGGUCCCUGAGCUACGAGUGGUCGCCGGCCACGCAGACAUACCUCGCGCAGACUCUGGUACGGGACAUCGCAGUCUGCGACCCAACACUCCCCAAGACCUGCAGUCUUGAUCAGCUCUUCCCUGCUGGCACCAAAGUCUUCAUGCUCGGACAACCCCACCACGGUUGUUGCGCCACGGUGCGUGUGUGUGUGUUGUUGUUGUGUUUGUGUUUGGGCUACUCCACCACGGUUGAUGCACCGCCAUUUUAA